GUGGAGUUUAUGCACUAGCAAUACAACAAUAAUCGCUGACUAGAUGCAAAAAAUGUGUUUAAUCUUCUAUACGAGGUUCUCGUUCAUGCCAAAUAUUAGGAAUUGUAUGCACAAUCACUUGUUUUGCAACACAACGGUCAAUGCCAACUAUAGGUAAGAAAUGUCUCUACUCCGUGACAGGUUCUGAUUCAUGCCACACAUUAGGAAUUGUACGCACCAAUCACUUGUUUUUGUAGUACUUCUAUUCAACUACGUCUUCCCCUGUGUAUUACUGUACAUUCUUUGGUGCUCUAGAAAAGUGGUGGGCUGCCAUGGGGUUCUCCAAGCUACACCUCUAUAUUUUGCUCAUCAAUAGCACUAUUCUCCUCUUAAUUACUGCCGAAACCGAAACAAGUACCCAUUCAGAACCGAAAAAUCAUAUUGCUGUUAGUGUUGGUGUAGUUCUUGAUUUUAACUCGUCCACCGGUUUCGCGGCCAAUUCUUGCAUCUCCACGGCAUUGUCUGAUUUCUACUCUCUAAAUAAACACUAUACUACAAGAUUGGUUUUACACCCUAAGAACUCGAAUGGUGUUUUAUCUGCAGCUUCAGCAGCUUUGGAGUUGGUUAACGAUGACCAAGUGUAUGCAAUUAUCGGGCCACAAUACUCCAAGGAAGCCACAUUUGUUGCGGAAAUUGGAGGGAAAUCUCAGGUUCCAAUCAUCUCAUUUUCUGUUACAAGCUCUUCGCUCUGGCCUUCGCAGAAUCCUUAUUUCAUUCGAACCACACUGCCGGAUUCUUCUCAGCUUGAAUGUAUCACUUCCCUUGUCCAAAAACUCGGAUAUGAUGCUGUAGUAGUGCUUUAUCAAGAUAAUACAGACACAGAGUCUAGUACCGGUUUUAUUCCUUCUCUGACAGACGCCUUUCAGAAAGCAAGUAUUCAGCUAUCUUAUGUGAUUGCAAUCUCAUCUUCUGCCAAUGAAUCUCAUAUAAGGCAAGAGCUAAGCAACUUGAGGAGAAUGCAAACUCGGGUGUAUCUUGUCCACAUGACUUCUUCUGACCUUGCUUCUCGCUUGUUUUCUAUUGCAAAUGAGGAGGGAAUUAUGAACAAUGGUACAGCAUGGAUCAUCACCGAUGCUUUAUCCAACACGCUAAGGUCCUUGGAUGCUACAACUAUUGAGGCAAUGGAAGGUGUUAUAGGUGUAAAGCCUUAUGUACCUAAAUCAAAAAAUUUGGAGAUUUUCAAGAUCAAGCGGAAGGAAAACAAUAUCAAUAUGCUUUGUUUGAGGGCGUACGACACAGUUUGGGCAUUAGCCACAUCAGUAGAGAAGCUAAAGCUCCCUCAAGUGAGAACGAGUCUUGAUAAAUCAAAUGCAUCAAGCGCGGCUAUCACAGAUUUGAGAGUCUCGGAGACAGGCCCAGGACUUGUCCAAAAAAUAUGGGAGACCAGAUUCCUAGGCCUAAGCGGAGAAUUCAAGUUGAAGGAUGGACAAUUAGAAACUCCAGUUCAAGAGAUAAUCAACGUAGUUGGUAAUGGGGAUAGAGUUGUGGGAUACUGGACAUCAAGAAGUGGCUUUAGCCGGAAAAUAGCAACCACAACUUACGAUGGUCAUGGAGCAGUUUAUUCAGGACCUGUAGAAAAUGUUCUUAAACCAAUCAUUUGGCCAGGAGACUCUACAAAGAAGCCCAACGGAUGGGAGGUACCAGUAAUGGGCCAAAAACUCAAGGUAGGGGUUCCAAGAAAAAAGGGUUUCAAGGAAUUUGUAAACGUGACUGAAGUACUUGGUGACACCAAGAAAUAUAAUGUCACUGGCUUUUGCAUAGAUGUAUUCGAAGCUGCUUUGGAUUCAUUAUCAUUCAAGAUUGAACCUCAAUAUAUUCCUGUGGACGAGAGUAUUGAAACAUACAAAGAUCUAGUCAAUAAGCUAAGCGGCACCAAGACUCCGAAGUAUGAUGCACUGGUUGGAGAUUUAACAAUAAGGGCUGAUCGAGAAAUAACCGCUGACUUCUCACUUCCAUAUUUGGAGUCUGGAGUGGUGAUGGUGGUAAGAGUCGAACCUGACAGGCUCAAAAACAUGUGGAUAUUUUUGAAGCCCUUAAGUUGGGAUCUAUGGCUUACCAUUGUUUUAGCAGCCGUCUUCAUUGGAUUUGUCCUCCGAAUGUUGGAACGCCAUGUAAAUCCCCAACGCCAACUUGGCAUGCUCUUCUUAUUUCCAUUAGCGGCUCUAGCCUUUCCUGAAAGGAACAUGGUGGGAAACAAAUGGGCAAAAUUUGUGCUGGUGGUAUGGUUAUUCAUGGCAUACAUACUAAUGCAAAGUUAUACCGCCAAUUUAUCCUCAAUUUUAACUGUGAGUCAGCUGAGACCUUCUGCAGACAGCCCUGCUUGCGCAGGUUAUCAAAGAUAUUCGUUUGUGGGAGACAUGCUGAAAAAGAUGAACAUAAAAACCCGCAAUUAUACAAGCAUGGAGGAAUAUGAUGAUGCCCUCUCUCACGGAUGCAAAAAUGGAGGGGUUGACGUCAUUUUUGAUGAGAUUCCCUACGUCAAACUAUUCCUUCACAAAUACGGUUCUAAAUAUCAAACCAUAUCUUCAAAAAUGGAUGGUACAGCUACUGGUGGAUUUGGCUUUGCUUUUCCGACUGGAUCUCCUCUGUCUAAGCCCAUCUCAAAGGCAAUAUUAGAUAUUAUGGAAGAAGGAAAGAUUCAACAGAUUGAGAAGAGAUAUUUUGGGGUAGGUUAUACCUUUCAAUAUCACGCUGAAGAUAUACCACGGGACGGACCAAGUUUGACGUCAUACAGUUUUGCUGGCCUUUUCACCAUCACGGCCUUCCUGACGGUAGUUGCACUUGUUUGUUCUGAAUGCUCCUCUGCUAUUUCAAGAUUUCGCAACCUACACGCUGUUAAUAUUUCGAGAGUUCAAUCAGUUGAGAUGACUGAUUAUGUUUCCUCUGAUGAGGAUGAACCACAAGAUUCCAAGGAGAAGGCUGAAAUCUUAGGCCAGGAAGAAAGCAAUGAUGGACAAGUAGUACAGACCACAAAUAUUCAUAUUGAUCAUGGUGGUGAAUGAUCUGGUUCAUGUAAAUAUUACCUUACUUUCAAUAUUCAAACCGUCUAAAAAAGAAACAAACAUAAUAUCCAUGCAUCAUUAGAGUUGGAUCGGAAAAAGACCAAAUCUGCAUUUCGGUUUAAGAUUCUAGACUUUGAAUUAAGCUGUAAUUAGAAGUCUAAGUACUCGGUUUUACCUUUGACAGAAGAGACUAUUAUGGAUUUAUGGUAGAUUGAUUCUAAAUAAGAAAACUAGCUGACUUGACUGAUUGUAAGCCUCUUUUUGUUCAUGAAUCAUAUAUAUAGUCUUAAGCUUCAGGAUGAUGAAGAACAAUCUGGGGACUUGUACAAGUUUGAUUGCAAAAUAAAGAUGAAUACCGUAUAGAUCGUUCAUCAUUAUU